UCGGGCUAACUUGUGUUCGGAUUUGUAGCUAGACUUUUUGGGGAAAAUACACAAAGCAGACAAAUGAAAUGACAGUGCCAAGAUGUCGAUAUCAAAAUUAUUCGUGAAAGUAUUCAACGAGGACAUAUUUGAGCAGAUCGACCAGGACAACCUGUACUCCGACUUAGACGAUGACUUGGAGGCCAACUGCUCCACGGUGCCAGAGCCGAAGUCAAAGCUGUCGGAGUUGUCUGUGACCAAACAGAUGACCAUUGUACGAAGCUGGUUAGAUGACAAGUUCCAGCAGAUCCAGACGGACAGCAACGAAGAGAUCCGGCGCCUCUACAUGGAGACUGAGAGCCGCAUCGGCCCAGAUCUGACCAUAUUCGAUGUAGACUAUACGACCACCGUGCGGGUGUCCUCAGACCGCCUGGCCCUGCGCUCCCAGGGCAGCUUCAAUACGGUUCGGGCGAACUGUUGUGUGUACGGCGGCCGAUGGAUGUAUGAGAUCCACCUCCACACCAAGGGAGUCAUGCAGAUUGGCUGGGCCUCCAAUUCCUGCCAGUUCAACGAAAACAGUGGCGUGGGGGAUACGAAGUGGAGUUAUAGUUACGACGGAAGCAAACAGCAGAUCUGGCAUAUAUCGACGAAAAAGUAUGGCGACAAAUGGCAGAUCGGCGACGUCAUUGGCGUGACCCUCGAUGUGGACAAGGAACUUAUCGAGUACUAUCGCAACGGUCGAUCAAUGGGCGUCGCGUUUAACAAAUUGCAGAAGGGUCCCGGCAUCACCUUCUUCGCCGCCAUCUCCCUUGGCUACACGCAGGGCAUUGAGGCGAACUUUGGCAACCGGCCGUUCAUGUAUCCUAUUGCGGGUUUCCAACCGCUAAUGGCUCGUCCCAUCCUUAAAUUGAGAAGGGCCAAUUUGUUGAUGAACUACUUGAGCAACCUUGCUGGCAUCUUCUCAAAGUACAAUGCACAAGCGGCAGCGUCGCCUCCGAGUGACACGGAGGCUCGGGUUUCUACAAAAAAGACAGUUUACUGCAUAUUCGCUACUUUGCUUAUUGAGAAGUUCACGUACGAAAUAUUCGACCCGUACAUAAUCGAGGAUGUGCUGCUGAACAGGAUAUCGGAAAUGACGUCACUGGCGGCAGAGAAGGAGAAUCGGCACAGCGUGCUUCAGGGACUGCUGUCGCUCUUCUGGAACUAUAUGGAGGGCGACGAGAUCAAGUUUGUUUUGCGCAAGUUGGUUAAUGGCCUGCUUGGAACCUUUACACAUACGAUACAGGGGCUGGACUUUGAGAAACACCGCCAGGCGCUGGGAGUACUGCACUGCCUUUGCCUGCACGAGCAAACCCGAAAGUAUCUGCUGGAGCAUAAGCUCUUCAAAAAGCAUUGCAUUGCUUUUUUCCUUUACAUCCAUCCGCUGGAGUUCUACAUCAUGGAGGAGCUCCUGCCUGACAGCAUGGCCUGGACGGAGGGCAUCGAUGGGCCUAAGGACAAGUAUUUAACAGUAGUGGACAAGGUGCGCAAGGUAACAGAGCCGCUUUAUGUGGCGCAGAAGGACUUUCUGUCAACACUGUUGAUCAACACGGAUGGCACACCGGAAAGUCCGUCCAGUCGGUCCAUUUUCCUGACCAAAUUGCGACGUUAUGUGUUUGAUCUCAGUAUGGAACAAAGGCCCUUUCAUGCAUUUUUCUUCAUGCAGUCAAGCAUCCAGCAUCCUUUGGAUGCACCAGUGGCCCUCGCCUUUGUUUGCAUUAUAGUAGAUCAGGUCCGAUCGAUGUUCAAGGAGGAGAUGCCCGCAAAGAACGUUGAGGUGAACAGCGAUUAUUUCAUCGAUGGUUCGUUUGAUUACAUGCACUUCGAUCGCGUCGGAGGUGUCCUGUCCCAUUUGCGCAAGGUACAUCGGGGCGACAUAGAUGCUCGGCUCGGAGAGGAUCGCACUCAGGAGAUAUAUGAUGAUGAUCGGCAGAACUUACGGGGUAAUGAUGUGGAUACCACACUUUACUUGCUGGGCGAAAACAUUAACAACGUGGCUGUGGUCGGACACGCGCAGGGCGGCAAUAAUACCACCACAUACACCCACUACUUGAAUCCGCGGGCCAAUGGGCCGCCAGUGGUAAACUCCGCGCCGGGUAAUGCGGAUAUGGAAGCUAGUCUCUGCGAGCUCCUGGACCUCGCCAUAAUUUUCUACUAUUCGGCGGGCCAUAAGUACAUUGUGAAGAUUGCCUCGGUAAGGGAUGAGAUCGCUGCGCUGAAUGAAGUGUUAAAGGAGACGAAGUACUAUCGCGAGGAUAUAGAACGCAAGUUAGUGGCCCUGGAGCAGCACGCAACUGUCUGCAUGAACGAGAACCACCAGCACGUAAUGGGUGAGCUGCGGACCAAGUUCAGUCAGCGUCAGAACGUGUUUGCGACUCGGUCAAUAUCCCUGUCCAGAAAACAAAUAUGGCUUAGAGGUGUUGCACUGAACAGCCACAGAAGAUCUCUGCUCAUUUGGUUAUUAGAGCGCAUGCUGCGAACGCUGACGACCGCUUCCGGUACCGGCUCGUUGUUCUCCUUCGUACCUGAGGUGUAUGUGAAUACAUUGCCCAUCCUGCUGGACGCCGUAAUGGACUUCAGCCACCAUGAUUUGAGGACCCAGUUCGAGGCCUCAGAUGCCGAGUGCGGUGUCAAUUCCGCAGCAGAGUUCCUAGGGCAACACUCGGCGGACCCGCGCAUUGUUCUCGCCUCUUGCAAGGACUCGCUACUGCAGGCUCUGGGCACACUCACCUGUCACAAGUCGGGAGUAAGGGCGUUGGAAAGGACCUCAAAGAGGUCACAGAGCGCCCUGGUUCGAGCUUUAUUGCGUCCCUACGAGAAUAGAGCCUGGGGUCAAAGCAACUGGUUACUGUUGCGCUUUUGGAUGGGCGAGGGAUAUGCAUAUAAGGAUUCCCGCCUGCCAUCCGUCUGGCAAGGUGGGUCGAUACCUUUGCACCAGGGACUUUGUAGGAGUCGCUCCAAGAACGAGACCCACACUGGACUGCUACACAACGUGGCCCCGGCCAAUCCAUCGAAGCACUUUCAACGACUAAUCGGUGCCAAGUUGGUGGAAGACGAGCCCUUCGCCACUGCUUUCCUCAAUUCUGUGCUAAGUCAGCUAAACUGGGCUUUCUCCGAAUUCAUUUUACUGUUACAGGAGAUCCAGAACACCGCUCAGCGACAGGAGAACACUCUUUUCGAGCCCAAGCAACUGAGGAUUUGUUCCAUGUGCUUUGAGCUGACUGUGUCGCUAAUGCGUUGCCUUGAAAUGAUUAUUACAGUAGCACCGGAAGUUGUAACAGACGACUCUCGUCCAAACAGCGAUCUCCUUCUAAACCGCAUCUGCCAGCUAAUCAGUCAGGUUCUUUCGCGCGUGACGGUGCCGCCGGGCUGCUUCCAGUUCGUGGUGGACAUGUGCUCCGCUGAUUUGAAUGCCGUGACCCACUAUCCCAUUAUCACUGCCGCUUUGGGCAUCCUUUUAGCUCUGAUGCAGGAGGAAAUGGAAAACGAAAUGACCCCACAGAUUGUGACGAGGGUAUCACGGGCAUUCCUCACUGAUCCCAGCUUCCAGUUCGCAACUCUUGAAUUUGCACUAGGAGAAAUACGAACCCCUCUGCUGGAGCAGAAGAACAUUCCUCGAGGCAACUUCGAUCCGUCUGCCAGACCACACAUCGAUCCGCUGACAAACGAUGUGAGGGUACCUUUACCGAACAAUUCUAAGCGCAUUCGUGCAGAUCCACCAAUCUUAAAGUUUGCCCUUAAUGAUUUUCCAUCCCAUGUGUCUACGGUGGAAGUUGACAAUGUGCGCCGACUAAUCGAGAGUCUGCGCGUUAAACAGACACUGCUCUCAGACAUAACACUGCCAUCGGAGGACUCACUGUGUCCCAUCUGUUGCGCCAAGCCCAUUACCGCAGUGUUCACUCCCUGCCGGCACCAGUCCUGCAGCGACUGCAUUAUGCAGCACAUGAUGAACUCUAAGGUGUGCUUCUACUGCAAGACCACCAUUCAGACCAUCGAGACGCUUGAUGGCACGCUCAUCUACUCCAGCGACGAGGUCGUUCAAUCGCCCAUGGCCGAAAGGGUCUAAGCGCCAACGCUUCCCACCGAAUGCAAUCGAGGAAACAUUCCUGCGAGAGCACAACCAAGUCUAGUCACUACCCUUACUGUGUACAUAUAUUCGUAUAUAUCGUGUUGUUUCGUAAAAUAUUUAUUUUAGUUUUAUGCAUGCUUGCCAUAAUUAUUCGUUCAGAUGUGAUAUACGCCAUAGAUGCAGUGUUAAGGAGUGGAAAGAAAGCCACAAGCUGAAAUGAAAUACGAGACAGAUUCCAAAUUCAAAAUAAAUUAAGUAGCACAAUAUUUGAAUCUA